CCUUGGAACAGCCACACGGAUAUGCAAUAAUCAAUUUAGGUAGUGGCCGGGCCACACCGGUGACGGAACUUGCCAAACGCAUGGAGUCUGUGUUUGACGAUGAGCCCGACGUGAUCAACGACCAUGGUUCUUCCCCCGGACCGUGCUGUGCCAGCAUUUCCAAGGCACAGCACCUGCUAGGAUAUCAACCGCACACGUCCUGGAAGGAAGGUUUGGCCAAAACCCGGGAGUGGUACCAAACGCGUUCCGUCAAACACCGUCGCAUCUCGACAAAAGACGCGGACAAAACAUUGGUGGCUGCUCAAAUCCGGCCAACACCCACCCGAGCGACAACAAGAACAAAUUUGGUCGCCGCUCCGAGUGAUUGGGAACGCAUUCCAAAGGUAGCUCCACACAAUGGAACCAAAACGGUGCUCUUGACCGGUGCCGCGGGGUUCAUUGGGAGUCACGUAGCCGAAGGGCUCUUGGCCCGAGGCGACACGGUUAUUUUGGUGGACGAAGUCAACGACUACUAUGACGUGCGCAUCAAAGAGUCCAAUCUACAGUUGCUGCAGGAAACUUUCGGAUCCGCCCGUCUCCGAAUUUAUCGAGGCGACCUGGCCAACGCAUCUUUUAUCAGUCGUGUCUUUGCCCGAGAAAAGCCUGAAUGGGUCUGUCAUUUGGCGGCACGCGCUGGUGUGCGGCCCUCAAUACAGAACCCCUAUGUUUACCUAAACUCCAAUAUUGUCGGUACGAUGCGAUUACUUGAACUGAGUCGGAUCUACAAUAUUCAGAACUUUGUCUUUGCAAGUUCCAGUUCCGUUUACGGAGGGUCGCAAUCGACACUGUUUUCGGAAGACGAACGCGUUGACCGACCCAUAUCCCCGUACGCUGCGACGAAGAAAUCGUGCGAACUCAUGGCCUACACGUACCACCAUCUCUACGGUCUACCUGUGACGGCGUUACGAUUUUUUACCGUCUACGGCCCACGGGGACGUCCCGACAUGGCACCGUUCAAAUUUGUGGACCGCGUCUCGCGCGGCUUGCCGCUCCAGCAAUUUGGCGACGGUAGCAGUAGUCGGGACUAUACUUAUAUUUCGGAUAUUGUCGAUGGAGUCGUGCGCGCCAUUGAUCGUCCCUACGAUUAUCAGAUUCUCAAUCUCGGCAAAGGAUCAGGAACGAAGCUUAUUGAGUUUAUUAAGCUGGUGCAAAAAUAUACUGGGAAGAAUGCCACCAUUCAGUAUCUACCUGAUCAAGCCGGUGACGUGCCUUACACCUGUGCCGAUGUGCGCAAAGCAGAGCACUUUCUCGGAUACAAGCCAAAGGUUUCUUUUGAGGAAGGUAUUCGUCUAACGGUGGAAUGGUUCUCGAAAACGUACGUUCCACAACAAAGCGUGAAGAAGGAGACAAAGCGUUCCUCUCCGAAGACGGCUAGUAAGCCGUCAAAAGGGAAAGCGAAGGGCAAGGCUCCGGCAAAUAAGGCUCCCAUUCGAAAUUAUCCAGCCAAUUUUUCCGGAUACAUGAUGCCACCGGGCGGAGUCAUGCCGCCCGAGAAGAAGAAAUACCCGCUAGCUGGGGGAUACGUUGUGCCGCCAGGUGCGAUAGACCCUGAUACAAAUAUUGGUUACGCCUUUGGUGGCUCAAUCGACGGCGCAACGUAUAAACCCACGGAAGUAGAUUCUACCUCAAUCUUUGACUUUUCGGUUGUGAACCAGCAACUCAAGACCGUCAUCCAAAGUAAUGCGGAAAAGAUAGGCAUCGUGGCUCUCGAUAUGGCUUACGUGCAGUGGCUUAUCAUUGGAUUUCUUGUUACUUGCCGCAUCUUCUUGGGACAUCGGGUACGAAUUUGUCGGAACACUGGGCAAUCUCUGCACCGAGCAUGAGUGAUCUGUAUUAAUGACUCAUGGAUAUUGGAAAGCGUACUCCAUCUAUAUCGUCAAAAUCUAUUGUAUACUCCCCCCACUUUAACGCUUUUCAAAUGCAUUGCCAACGGAGUAUAGACACAAAUUGGAACUUCUGU